AUGGGUUUUUCGCUGGACUCUUUGGCGCCGUCGUUGAUCAAUCUGAUUCGACUAUCGUCGGCUGUCAACUCCAAAGACAUUGGUUUCUACAACAGCAUCGAUCCGACCGUGAAAACAAACUCAGACGAGGUCAACCAGAGACUUAUAGAUUUAUUGAACGAGACCAUAUCAAAUGCGGUUUCCAUCUCGACCGAUCAGACCGACCAGUUGACCGUCGACGACGAGUCGAAAAACUGGAAGGUCGUCAGCGGGAUCCUCGACACUUUGUUCGAGAACGCAGAGAUUGCACUUGAUCAAAACCAGAAAAAGACCCAAGCUUCAGCUGUCAAGGAUGAAUUCACCUAUUUGGACGAAUCAGACACAGCAGGAACACGAAAGGCAUCUCCGCAGCCUCGUAACAUUGCCAAACCGCAGUUGUUGUUUAAAACUCCUGUCGAUAACUUCGAAACGUCGCCAUUUAAGCCGUUGAUCACUACAAAGCCAAACGCAUUGAUCUCGUUCAACGAGUCCAUGGAGCUUGUUCCAGCCGUCCCUGACACUCCAGAACACUACAAUAAUCCGUACACGUACGAGAUCAUGAACCAGGAGUACCCAGACUGGAUAUUCCGAACGUUGGAGCCGUUCGACUCCAUUCCUUGGAAAGAGAGCGAAGAGCCAACCUGGAUCGACAAGCCAGAACAGCUGGACGAGCUGCUUGUGGAGUUGGCGAAGUGCAAAGUCAUUGCCGUCGAUCUGGAACACCACGAUUAUAGAACCUACCAUGGAAUCACGUCGCUAAUGCAAUUGACCACAGACACCAAGAAAGAUUACCUGAUAGACCCAUUGAGUCCCGACCUUAGACCGCAUCUUGUGAAUUUGAACAUUAUUUUCACCGAUCCAAACAUUCUGAAAGUGUUCCAUGGUGCUUUCAUGGAUAUCAUCUGGCUUCAAAGAGAUCUGGGCCUAUAUGUUGUCUCAUUAUUUGACACAUACCAUGCUUCUAGAGAGCUGGGACUCGGAAGACACUCGCUGGCACAUCUGUUGGAAACAUACGUCAAGUUCAAGACUUCGAAGAAAUGGCAGUUGGCCGACUGGAGAGUGCGUCCGUUGAACACAGAGAUGAAGAACUACGCCAAAGCUGAUACGCACUUCUUAAUUGAAGUGUUUCACAAAAUGCAUUCCGAACUGGUGAAGGACCAGGACAAGCUGAAACGCGUUCUUUAUGAGUCGCGCAAAGUCUCAAACCGUCGGUACGAGUACUCCACGUUCCGUCCCAAACGUAUCAAGUCUUCCAACGGGUUCCCUAGCGGAGCAGAUGUUGUUGCAACCAACCAGUCUGUUCCACAGCUGCCAGAAUUUAAAGAACAGAUGUUGUUUGCAUCCACGAAUGUCGACCUUCCAUGGACCAACAUGGUCAACUCGAACUCUAUUCCGAUGGCCAAAAGACCGUUGUUGGAAGUUUUGUUCAAAUGGAGAGACGAACAAGCUCGCAAAGAAGACGAGUCGCCACGGUUCAUCAUGUCUGAUUUCAUGCUGAUAUCUUUGGUUAAUGCUUUUGACAACGAAUCGCAAGAAGUGACCGAACAGACGGUGUUGAGCGUGAUCAAUUCCUCUUCGAGGUUUGGAAGCUCCCAGUUUGUUCGUACCCGGUUGAGAGAGCUUGCCGAACUGAUCCAAGGGUGUCUAGACAAGCUGAAGGAGCUGGACACGGCUAUGUGGGACAGUGUUUACGAGACUACAGAUAUCAAGGACGUUAAAGGACUCGAAGAAGCGUUUGAGAUUAUAAAGAACGAUUUUGCUGCACAAAACGAGGCUUCCGACAACGGCGUAGUUGUGCCGAGGUCAAGUGCCGAUGGCGCUGCUUCUGUUCAGUAUACUAAUAAGGGAGUCAAGGUUGUGAAUCCAGACGAGAUCAGAAACAGGUUCCAGAAAGUGAUGGACUAUUUCAAAGAGGAGGACAAUGUGGAGGUUGAAAUUGACGAGGAAGAUGGAGAAGAGUCUGAGGUUGAAGAGACAGCUAGUCCCGAGCCUGUUGCAGCUGAACCUGAACCGGUUUCCACAGACGACCUGAUUACGCUACGGAAACAUCAGCCACGUAAACGAAAGCAACAGACUGUUGAGUCUGAGAAAUUGGACACUUCGCAAAAGAUCAUGGUGAACAAACCACAGCAGCCUCGCAAGCGCAAGACGUUCGAGCCAAAUAAUAUUAUUAGCCUUACACAAUUAGGAGGACUUCUUCAACGACUCGGUCUGGCCACUCAGCAAGGUGAACGUUGGUGCAGGAAGCUUGUCUCUUCCUUUAAGGAAGUCGAGUUCCAUGACGAACGAGAAUUCCAGGAUUUUUCCCUUACAUUUUUGAACGAGUUCUCCAGCGGCCUUGGCCGAGCCUCCGGUGGCCAAGAUGUCGUCGACGAUGACGACGUUGGAUCCCUCAGGGAUGGACUCGGCCUGGAUCUCGAAAAAGUCCUGGCCGUACUCUUUGGCGAAUGCUGCAGAGUACAGCUUACCAGGCAGCUUUCCCUUCUUUCUAAUAGGAACAAAGCCUGCAUUGAUUGCCAACGCAAGAGAUGGGCCGAACAGGAACCCUCUGGACUCCAAUCCCACGAUGUAGUCUAUGGUUUGGUUUGGGAACGUGGCCUCCAAGUGCAACUUGAACGCUCUGACGAGUUUGUUGAACAAAGAAGGGUUUCUAAAGAUCGGCAGGAAGUCUUCGAACAGAAUGCCCUCGGAGGGGAAGUUCGGGUACUGGUGGAGCGCGAGUUUGAGCUCGGCAGCGAUUUCUUGCAGUUGAUUAGACAUGAGGAAAAAAAUUGA